GAAUUCCUCCACUCAGUGCAAACCUAGUAUAGACAGACAGCAGAGCGCAUCAAGCAACAAGUACCCAAAUCCGUCGCUGAAAUAGUUACAAUAUUUCUUAUUCUGUAUUGAGAGACAUGGAAUACCAACUUUUGGGGAAAUUUUGAAUGGACACGCACUAUAUAAUUAUGAUGUCCACCGCUUAGUUUUAUUGCAGUUUUACAAAAUGUUAAGUUUUGGGAGAAAGUUUUCUUUAUUGGAGACGUGGACUAAUAAAUACCCAGAGAAGAAGAUUGCUUUUUUUUUCAGCAUCUUGGAAUAAUGAUUUAUGCUUUCUGGAUCGAUCGUUCAUUGGGGAUUUAAACAACAAUAAUCAUUAUAUAUAUAUAUAUAUAUAUGUGUGUGUGUAUAUAUAUAAUAUAUUUGUAGUUGUAAUCAAGCCAUGGAACUAUUAUUCGAAAUUCUGUUUGUAACUACAUUUGUCACAUUGAUUCCGGUUAAUGGUGAAGUAAAGCCAAAUCCAUCCAAGCAUCCAGGCCUGCAGGUCUUGGCCACGGCCUCACACUAUUGGCCGCUGGAUUCGGUGGACAGGAUCCAUGGACUGUGGGACCAGAUUGGAAACAGACCAGGUCAUGUUAAUGGAAGUGAUAUAACUCUCCAAAUCCACAAGCACACUGUGCUCCCUUCCUCCCAUAACUCUUCCUCUGUGUAUACCAAUGACUCUGCCUACACUAACAUUUCUGCAACAGUAGACAUAGUUGAAGGGAUGGUCAACAAGGGGAUCUAUCUGAAUGGAGAUAAUGGCGGCACCUUUCUCCACUUUGGGAACUACCAGAACUCCUGCAUUAGUGACCCCACUCUGUGUGGUCCUGAGGGGAUUACAUUUUCCUUCUUUUGGAAGAACCAGGAGGCAGAGUCCCGUUUUGCAAUAGCCUCUGGAGGGAAAGUCAUCUCCAAUGGCUUCUCUGUCUAUGCCAAUGCCUACGCUGGAUACGUAGAGUUCUACACACGAGGCAACUCGAAGAGGUGGAGGGCUAACAUCAAUAUACCAGGGCCCUUCUGGACCCACAUUCUGUUCACUUGGACCCUGACGGACGGUCUCAACAUCUACAUCAACGGGACGUUCAACACCAGCGACCCCACUGGCAACGUGUCCAUGAACUAUGGGGACCCUUACCCUGACCUGGUCAUUGGGACAGGAAAUGAGCAGUCCUAUGGACACUACGUGACAGGAGCCUUUGAUGAGUUUGUCAUCUGGGAGAGGGCCCUGUCACCAGAGGAGAUCCUCAUGUACUACAAAGCUGCCACAGGUGAUACUUUGGCUUACCCGACCACAACAAGCGUUCCUAAAGAAGUCUCCUCUACGAUGCAAACACUGGGAGUCGCAUAUGUGUCCUAUUCUAUCAUCAACAAGCUGAGUGAGGAGAUCCACAGCUCUCAGGACCCUGUGCCCAUGUUUGGCUUCCUGGAGUCUCUGCCAUUCAGCCUGCCCAACAAGACCAUCCCCCACGACACUGCCAACAACUUAACACAGGCUUUUCUGAAGAGUGUGGAGGAGGUGUUGUCUUCUGAAGUGGCCAGGGAAGAUGAGGAGUCCACCCCAGUGGUCAGUGGGCUGAUUGAGACAGUGGACAACGUGAUGGUCCAGAUGGUGUCCAGCCUGGAGUCCAGCCCCAGCCCCCGAUCUCUCAUCUCACUGGGAGGAAAGUCCUUUGUAGCAGAUUACUCUCUGAUGAAGAUUCCACAGAACUACAAUCUUCCCCAUUACCGCUUCCCCAUGCAAGGAAAGAACUACAUCUCAGUGCCCGGCGAGGCGUUCACCAUGCAGUCCCAAACCACAAUCGUGGGUCUUUUCUACCACAACAUGCACAACUACUACAGAGAGAUCAGCCCACUCAGGACCAGGAUCAACGAGGCAGCUGAUUUCAAAGACCAUAAGAUCCAGGUGGCUAGUUUCCUCAUCUCACUGAAGGUGGAGCCAUCACCUGCCCUGUCCGUCAACCUGUCUGGGGCUCCGCUCAUCAAGAUCGUCCUCACACACAUCCUGAACAGGGAUCAGCAGGGUCAAGCCUUAAACCAAAGCAACAAAGUGUUCCUCUACUGUGCCUUCCUCGACUACAGUUCAAAGGUGGGUGUUUGGUCCAAUGAGGGCUGUGUGCGGUCCGGAGGGAACAUGUCCUACUCGGUGUGUCUGUGUAACCAUCUCACCAACUUUGCCAUUCUCAUGCAGGUGGUUCCCAUGGAGCUAACCAAGGCCCACCAGGUGGCGUUAUCAACCAUCAGUUACAUUGGCUGCUCUAUAUCUAUCUUCUGUCUGACCAUCACACUGGUGACAUUUGCAAUCUUGUCGUCAGUGAGCACUAUCCGUAAUCAACGCUACCACAUCCAUGCCAACCUGUCCUUUGCCAUCCUGGUGGCCCAGAUCCUGCUGCUCAUCAGCUUCUGCUUUGACCCAGGCACGCUGCCCUGUAAGGUGAUGGCUGUGCUGCUCCACUUCUUCUUCCUGAGUGCGUUUGCCUGGAUGCUGGUGGAGGGCCUGCACCUCUACAGCAUGGUCAUCAAGGUUUUCGGCUCAGAGGGCAGCAAGCAUUUCUACUACUACGGGAUUGGCUGGGGGUCUCCAUUGGUGAUAUGUGUGGUCUCUAUGACAUCAGCCUUGGACAGCUAUGGAGAGGUUGGGAACUGUUGGCUGUCCUUGAAGAAUGGGGCUAUUUGGGCAUUUGUGGCACCAGCACUGUUUGUCAUUGUGGUGAAUAUUGUGAUUCUUAUAUCUGUAACGAGGAUCAUCUCUCGUAUUAGUUCAGAGAAUUACAAGGUUCAUGGCGAUGCCAACGCAGUCAAGCUGACUGCAAAGGCAGUGGCUGUGCUCCUUCCUAUUCUGGGCAUCUCUUGGAUCUUUGGGGUACUGGCCAUCAACGAUCACGCACUGAUGUUCCAGUACAUGUUUGCUGUUUUCAACUCAUUACAGGGAUUCUUUAUCUUCCUGUUCCAUUGCCUUCUCAACUCUGAGGUCAGAGCUGCCUUUAAGCACAAAACCAAGGUGUGGUCUCUAACCAGCAGCUCCAUUCGCAACAUCAAUGUGAAACCCUUCAAUUCUGAUGUUAUGAAUGGAAACAGGGGAGGGGCGAGCCCCACAAAGAUGAACACAUGGGACAAAAGCACCAACUCAGCCAAUCGGAUCGACCUCUCUGCUGUCUAAAACUGGAGGGCAUCACUUCGAGUAAGGGCGGAAAUAGGAUGCCAUGCCAACCAGGGGUUGACUAGUGUAGAUUAAUUGACAGACACUGGCUAAAGCAUUGUGCUGUUGUGCACUGUUAUAUGUGAUAUAUGACUCAGAAGGAAAAGAUAAGGGGGUAUGCUGUGGUUCAGCUGCAUAGUCAGGAUGUCAUGCGUCUUCAUUCAGACCUCUAUACACAAUGACAGUGAGUAUCCAUUCUUACAGGCAUCUCUGAGCUUAG